UAAGGCCGCUUCCAACUCUUAUAACGUAACUGUAACUGGUAAUAAGUAAAUGCCGUUUUAUUAUUGUAAUAGUCUUUCUAAUGUUUCAUUAUAUUUUAUAAGUUUAGUAAUGACUUGCACAAAUUAGAUAUACUUGUUGUUUGUUUUGAUUAUUAUCUUUUACAAUUUAAUAAUUUUAAUACAUUAUCGCCAAUUUCAUCAUCAAAGACAAUAAAACUUCCUACGGACACUCAAUAGUCAGACUCCAGUCUAAAAUGAAUUCCUGGCCUAACGAAUACGGGAUGAUGAAUCAAUAUGGAAUGAUCAUGCCGAACAUGAUGCCUCAAAUGGCUCCACAAGUAUGUAUGAUGCCAGAUGUAAGUAACCAAACAGAGAAUACGAACGUAACAACCAAUCCAGAUUCGUCGGUUCCUCUUAUUGGUCCUGUGUUACCUGAAGGUUUUGUGAGUUCUAACAGUAAAGAUAACGAGGAAGAACAGUCGCAAGGUUUGCCAAGUGAGUCUGUUAAUAACGGAAGUGAUGCACGCAGUCGCAGAGGAAUUGAUAGAUCUAGUAGAAAUGAUAGACGGGAGCGUGAUAGAGACAGAGGCAGGUCAAGCCGAAGGUCCAGGUCCCAUGAUCGCGAUCGUGACAGGAACAGCAGAAGAGACAGGACUGAUAGAAAGGACAGGAAUCGGCACAGGUCAUCAAAGUGGGAUGACAAUGACACAAGUAGUCAGGGAUUGAAUCAAAUUACUCCCGCAUCUGAUUUGUCACAAAUGAUGAUGCAAGGAAUGAUACCUUAUAACAAUAUGAUGUCGCAAUCUACAAUGGACAUGAGCAUGCAGAGUAUGCCAGGCGUGAUAAGUGGGAUGAAUAUGAUGCCAAACAUGAUGGAACACAACAUGGUGAUGAUGCAGCAACAGAUGUUGUCUGCUAGCCAACUGAUACCAUUAUCAAACGGAUCCCUGCUACUGCCUAUCCCUGGUGUCAUUAUUCCACCUCGUAGAGAGAAACCUGCCGGUUGCCGUACUAUAUUCGUAGGUGGAUUGCAACCAGAUGUGACAGAAGAUACCGUGAGGGAAAUAUUCCAGCGUUUUGGAGAUAUUUCCGAUAUAAAAAUACACAAACAUGGCGUUUGCCAUGUGCGUUUUGAGAAAGCAGAGAGUGUUGAACAGGCAUUCUUUAUAUCAGGAUAUAGGUUAAAAUUUAACCAUCAGGUUGAUAAUGAAGCUACUACAAUUUUUGUUGAUUACGCACUGAAUCGUGAAGACCAGAUGGAGAACGAGAGAAAUAAGUACAAGGGAGCAUUGACCCCGGCCCGUAUUGAAGUGUUCAAUCCAGUUACCCUUACCAGCAUCGUUGAGAAGAUCAAGAGUGACGAUCAGUUUGCUAAAGCAGCGCCAACCCUCAUCGGUUGGUUGGAACGCGGUGAAUGUAAUAAGAGAAAUGCCAAUUCCUUCUACUCUAUGAUACAAGCCAGCAAUAAUCAAAUACGUAGGUUGUUCAACGAGAAAAUGCAGCUCGAUGAAGAAUUUCAAAACUUGAAGAGCACUAUCAAGGAUAAAUUCUCCCAUGUCUUGGUUCAAUUCGAACAGGUAGUGAGAAUAAUGGCCGCGGCGAAACACCAGCGGGUCUCCGAUCACUUCAGCAAGCAGCAGCGGCGGAGUAUCGAUAUGUGGCUCAAAAUUACUGAGGAGGUUGAAAACAUGAAGGACGAAUUUAACUUAUAUUUCGACGAUGAAGAAAUAGAGAAAGUAGGAAAAAAUGUUGUUUCUUUAGAGAAAUACGAACAGUUGAAGGCUGAGAAUGAAAGUUUGGUGUUCGAGUUAGAAGGUUACAAGAACGAAGCUCACUUGGCGAAAGAUGAAGCCGAAAGAAAGUUCGAGAAGUUCAAAGCUCACUUUAUCGCUCAACAGGCGCUGCAAAACAAACAGGCGGUCUACCCACCGUUACCACCACCUACAAUCCCGAGCCAUAUACUGCAGUCUACGUCAUCCAACUCCAACAGUACCGUUAACCAACCCCCAUCCUCAACUUCUAACACCACGUGUAAGCCACUACCACCCCCUCCAACUCCAGACGACAUGAUAUCCUCAACACGUCCUGGGCUGCCAGCGUGUGAGGUGAAGCUCAUCAGUAUGCUAACAGCUUUUCUCAUGGCCCACCCACUUGGCGCCACUUUGGAUUAUAUUGUAUCAUACUUAAAGUCCAUGUUGCCUUAUGUGAACCAUGUAAUUGUACAUGAAACUCUGCAGAGAUAUCCCGACGUUUUUAGUUGUAACACAUCAGGGAUCGGAACCUCUAUUGAACAGAAAUGGACUUUUGUUACUUUUGAUAUAAUAAAAAAAGAAAAAUAAUAGAAUGUAUUUUUUAUUUUAAAUGCUUAGUUAUUAUUAUUAAAUACUAUUGAAGUAUAAUAAAUUUGUAAGAAUUAUUUUAGAUUUACUUUUUUUUCUUUCGUUUCAACUUCCUUUAGAAAGUUAAGAAUUUUAAUAGGUUAUGUAUCUAAAUAGUUAACAUAGAGCGCCAGCUCGCCGACUGCGUGGAAAUUCUAUUGCAAAUUAUAUACUCUUUGGGAAAUUACUGGGAGAAAUGGAAACAGAAUAUUUACAUUUUUAAUAACUAAUAAUUUUCCCGCAGUUUCUUUUUUUUUUUAAUUUCAUUUCUAAUAUUACAUUUCAUUGCAUCCAUUUAUUACUGUACUAACCGUUUCUCGCGGCGUUGCCCGCU